AUGGCGGCACCCUGCACGGAAAACAAUCACAAGCAAGGCACACUGGAAUUGUAUCCUUUUUACCACAUAUAAAACGUCAAUAUAACGUUUAUUGACAUUAACAACUGUUGAUUGUAUGGCCUCUUUGACAUUGUAUGCAUAUUUUGAUAAUUUAAAAUGAAAGAGAGUGAACGCGUCCUUGACAGUUCCGCAGUGCUCUGGACGUCCCGUUCCCAUCAACUCGCGAAGCGUCCAUCGCGCUCCAGUCCCUCUCCCCAGACCGCGAGCCCCGGAAAGGAGGCAUCAGCAAGGAGCUUACGGUUUCCGGCAGCACGCUGUCUGUGUGAGUAUCUGCUGUAUGGUACUACUGUAGGCCUAGACAAGAUUGUUGAGUGCUACUGUUUAUACUGACCGGUCAUGUGAAUCCCUCUCCCUCAUCUCUUCUUUCACCAUCUCCUGUCUUACGUACCUCUCACCGUACCCCAUAAGGAGGUGGAGGGCAGAUGAGGCCCGUAUCCUGCGUGUCUCUGUGGGGUCGUUUAUGGACCACCUCUCCCUGGUGAUGGAAACCAUGGAGUUGUUCGGACCACCUGUGCCUCAGUGA